AUUUGGGUGUCCUCUGGACGCAAAGGUCACGUGUUGGUCAUGGGACGCGAUCGUUCGUGAGGUUCAAGAUGGCGGAGGAUAGUGGAGAAAAGACUCCACUUAUAAAUAAGAAAUUCGAAGACUCCGAGGAGGAAUUGACUGGCUGUGGAGCGACAGCUUGCUGUGAUCCGAGAAGAAAUUUCCAUCGCUAUUUUGUACUGGGGCUGAUAUGUUUCUUGAGUUUUGGAAGUUACUACUGUUAUGACAAUCCCGCAGCAUUGGAGAAGACUAUUGAACAAGACAUGGGUGUGCAAGCUGAUUCCUAUGUGUUAUUGUAUUCACUAUAUUCAUAUCCCAAUGUCAUUCUAUGUUUCUUUGGUGGAUUCUUACUGGAUAGAGUCUUUGGUAUGAGACUUGGAACUAUUAUCUUCAGUUUGUUUGUAUUAACUGGUCAGCUCAUUUUUGCACUUGGAGCUUAUAUCCAUAGCUUCACAGUGAUGGAAGUUGGCAGAUUUGUAUUUGGCCUAGGAGGAGAAAAUUUGGCUGUGGCUCAGAACACUUACUCUGUUAGCUGGUUCAAAGGAAAAGAGUUGAACAUGGUGUUUGGUCUUCAGCUUAGUUUCUCCAGAGUGGGUAGUACAAUAAACAUGAAUGUCAACAAUCCAAUUUAUAAGGGAUUUGUAAACCAUGUUAAUCCCACGGAAAGCUACAAAGCCUUAGGAAUGACCUUAUUUAUAGGUGCUGCAGUUUGCCUGUUUUCUCUUGGCUGUGGUUUAAUGUUGGGCUUUCUUGACAAAAGAGCAGCUCGUAUCCUCAAAAAGGAAGAUGGACAAACAGGGGAGGUCAUCCGUUUACAAGAUGUCAAAGAUUUCCCAGCCACUCUGUGGCUGAUAUUCAUUAUCUGUGUGGCCUACUACGUGGCUAUUUUUCCAUUUAUUGCACUUGGUCUUGCAUUUUUUGAAGCCAAGUUUGAUUUGGCUCCCAGUGAAGCUGGAGCAGUGAACAGUGUGGUGUUCAUUAUUUCAGCUUGUGCUUCUCCCUUCCUGGGUUUUAUGGUUGAUAGAGUUGGAAAGAAUGUCUUCUGGGUGAUUUUAUCAGUGGCCGUAACCCUAGGUUGUCAUUGUAUGAUGGCAUUCACAUUUUGGAAUCCAUUUGUUGCCAUGAGUAUCAUGGGUGUAUCAUACUCCAUGCUGGCUUGUGCACUCUGGCCGCUUGUUUCUCUAGUUGUACCAGAGUAUCAACUGGGCACCGCUUAUGGAUUCAUGCAGUCUAUUCAAAACCUGGGAUUGGCUGUUAUUUCACAAGUGGCUGGGACGAUCGUCGACCAAAAAGGAUAUUUAGUGCUGGAAGUGUUUUUCUGUGCUUGGCUGUGUGUCGCGUUAAUUGCCAGCAUAUUGCUGUACUUGGUGGAUUCUUCAAAGAGAACAGGGCUUAACCUUUCCACUCUAGAGAGAAAACAGUUAGCAGCUCAGAGCAGAGUAACGCUUGUAUCUUCAGAAGAAGAAGAAAUUCGUAAGAGAGAUUAUGGUGUUAGUCCUAUAACUCCUCGCUCCGCAGCUCAACUCCGGCUGCGCUUUCUGUCUCGUGUUGGACAACAGUACUUUCAGCUCCCGGAGACUUACAGAGCUUCAGCGCUGGCCUACCCUCAUGUACUAAAGUGAUGCGGAACCUGUUAAAGCUUGGAUUUUCUAACAGCCAUGUCAAGUUAAGGGAUUGGAAUGGACCAUUUUGGGCGAAUUGUGUCUCUCUCUUUUUUUUUCUCCCUCUCUCUUUUUUAUAUAUAUAAUUAUUAAUUUGAGCCCAUAGCUUAUCAUCACAUACAGAGGUCUUAAAACGUCUGUAAAAUCUGCAUAAAAAUACCGCCUAAAAUAAAGUGGCAUCAUUCCUUCAACUUUACAACGGUUGUUGGAAUUUCAAGAGAACUACUAUUUUAAGGGCCGGGUAUUGAAGUACUGUUAAACAAAGUGAGUGAUAAUAUCUCAAGAAACCAAGGCUAAUGCAACAUCGACCUGGAACUCGUUGGUAGCAUGAGAUUAAACAUAUAGAAUAUUGACGUAGACGUUCGUGUCGCUGUGAAACUUUCUCUAGUGUUAAUAUCAGGUCUGUUGUACACCAUUUUGAUUUUUGUUACACGGUCUCAGACAAAGCAACUACACGGCCAAUGAGAGCGCGCUCUGGUAUAAAGAAUUCGUUAAUCAGUGAACUUUUUUUUUCACGGGUUUGCUGAAUUCAUUCUAACUUCAUUGAACGCCGGUUCAAUACGUUCUUAGUUGUAGUAAUGGCCCGGGGGGGCUUCCAUUCAAAAAGGACGGGGGGUGCUCGUCGUGGCUUUUAGGGGUGAAAAAGCGGUUUUGAUAUCUCUUAGAGUGGUCAGCCUCAACAGGUCCACAGCAGGAGCUUUUGCGGUAACUUUUAGGGUAUUGAGCCGAAAAAAUAUGACAGGAGAUAAUGUAUUGUUUUAGAAUUGGUACCUCUUAAGGGUUAAAAAAAUUUUCAAGCCACGCCCACGAAACAGGGUCUUGGUAGCUCUUAGAGGUUCUUUUCAAAAUUACCGAUGAGCACCAACGUCCUUUAUAUAUGAGAGUUCUCUCCCCCCGGGAGUAACGAUUGGUAAGUCGUCCACGCGAUUGUCAUCGCCAGUGGCGUAUUUACAUUAGGUGAAGUUCCGAUAUUAAAUUCUCGCCUGCUAAUAUCCGGUCUUGUAAUUAUCAAAUAAGUUAGAUACACAUCUAACUUUUGACGGUUGAAAAUAAAGUGGUUUCUUACAUUA